AACUGAGCUUCACCGGAGUGGAGGACGACGGACGGGGGGGGGGGGGCUUGCCGUUUGCAUAAGGAGGCAACUGGGUCCGUUCUCGUCGGAUAUGCGACUCAAACCGAUCCACUUUUAAGUGCCAGGUCAUUGUGCGCGUGCUCCUUAAGUUUUGAUUUCAGACCAUUGAAAGCUACGGUACCUGCAGAGUUCAUCAGGGUCCGGUUGAAAGUCUCAUUUCGGAGUCUGCCUUUUUGGAGAUGGAGGGAGAUCAGAUACAACACCAUCGAGCGGAUGGUGAGGAGGAUGAGAAUGAGAUCAAAGUUGAACAUGCAACAUUUUCUCAUGCUGGACCUGUUGAAGAUGAUACCAAAUUGCCUCCAAAGGUUGAUAGUGAAGUAGAAGUCCUUCAUGAGAAAGUUACCAAGCAAAUAAUCAAGGAAGGCUACGGGCCAAAGCCUGCAAGGUUCUCCAGAUGCUUUUUACAUUACAGAGCAUGGACUGAGAGCACCCUGCAUAAAUUUGAAGACACCUGGCAAGAGCAGCAUCCGCUGGAAUUGGUUAUCGGGAAAGAAAAAACAGAGAUGACUGGUCUAGCAAUCGGCAUAUUAAGCAUGAAGUCUGGUGAACGUGCACUCUUGCGUGUCAGUUGGGAGUUAGGUUAUGGGAAAGAAGGAAGCUUUUCCUUCCCAAAUGUCCCCCCUAUGGCAGACCUAUUAUAUGAAGUUGAGCUUAUUGGUGUUGAUGAAACAAAUGAGGGUAAAUCUCGUGGGGAAAUGACUGUUGAAGAGCGAAUUGCAGCAGCUGACAGAAGAAGAAUGCAAGGAAAUGAUCUUUUCAAAGAAGGCAAACUUGAGGAGGCUAUACAACAGUAUGAAAUGGCUAUAGCAUACAUGGGGGAUGACUUUAUGUUUCAGCUAUUUGGCAAAUACAGAGAUAUGGCACUGGCUGUGAAGAACCCUUGCCAUCUGAACGUUGCUGCAAGUUUGCUCAAGCUAAAACGCCAUAAUGAGGCCAUUGGGCAUUGCAACAUUGUGUUGGCUGAAGAUGAAAACAAUGUCAAAGCACUAUUUAGGCGAGGAAAAGCAAGAGCGGAACUUGGACAAUCUGAUGAUGCCCGAGCAGACUUCCUAAAGGCAAGAAAACAUGCACCUCAUGACAAUUUAAUUGUAAGGGAGCUGCGCCUUCUUGAUGAACAUGACAGAGCAUUGUAUCAGAAGCAGAAGGAGAUCUACAAAGGCAUGUUUGGACCACGGCCUGAACCCAAGAAAACAAAGCUAAACUGGAUUUGUGUUUUUUGGCAGUGGCUGGUCUCUCUGUUUCAUUUCAUAUUCAGGCGCCACCGCAGGGUCAAGGAUGAUUAAAGUGUUUGUGAGGUCUGCAGUAAACUUGGUCUUUCUUUUCAAAUUCCAGUUGGUGCAUGCUAUCAAUGCUUGACCUAACUUUGGUGGAGGUGUAGUAGUUUAGAGUGGCUUAGUUGUUAGGUUCAUGCUGUGUCAGAAGGAUUUUUGGAGAAGAGGAAGAUGCCCAAGUGCGAUGUGCAACUCCUAAUAACUGUAGAUGUCUAAUUCUCCUUUUCCAUGUGUCUCAUUAAUCAUAACAAUAUAUAUUUCUAUGAUAUUUACGGUACAUGCUAUGACUAAUAUAUCUUCAUCUUCUGUAAGUUGCGAUAUGGAUUGAGAUAUGAAGAACCAAAGAACCAACUGGGUUUGGGUCUGUGAUGUUCUAUUGGAACUAUGAAAAUGAUUUGUAGGCCUAAGGCUGCUAAUAAAUUGAAAUAUAGUCUGAGGUGUGUUUUCUUA